AUGCCCGCAUUGAACGCCCUCAAUUCAACCCGCAGAGUCCCGCGCGCGCGCCCUGAUCCUAGCACAACCCGGCUCCUUCGUCCUCCUCCGACUGGCAAAGAUACGAUUGUCUGCGCGCCCCGGGCCAUCCUGACUCCGCCAUUGAACAGUACCGGUAGUCACAUGACGCUCGCAGAGAAAGCCAGACUUAUCAAGAAGUGGGCCGACAACAAACAGAAGCAUGUUCGCAAGAAGAGAGACAAGAAUAGCCACGUUUAUUGGUAUAUGCAGAGGGAAGCCAUAGACAGAAGCUUUUACUCGGAGUACAAGGAUGGACCGAAAAUAUUCCAAGAGUUCCGGUGGACUUGUAUAGAGUGCCUUCAAAAUCCUUCUACUCUUCGGAAGAUAUUCCAGGUCCUUGAAUCGAACCGCCGAGGGGUUACCUCUGGCAUGGGAGACCAUUUAAAAUCCCACAGUAUUACGAAGGAGUCUCACCACGGUCGAAUCAAUGGAUACGGCCGCGCCAUUGGUGGAGGAGAUUAUACAGAGGUAGAUGCAUGGAGCGGUCGACCCAGGCAAAGAGCAAGGCUCACGGCAAAGGAGUCUAUCCGCCAGUGGUUUGUAAAACACCGACAACCCUUCUCUGUUGUUGAGAACUUGAGACUCCUGCUUUCCAAGAGAUACUUUGUGGAACGCAGAGAGAAGCUGAAGAUCGAGCUUCAGUACAAUUGUGCUACCAUCUCGCUCACCCUUGAUAUCUGGACAGCACCGAAUCGGUGCCUAUUUUCGCCAUUAUUACGCACUGGAUUACGCCGGAUUGAGAAGACACUUGAGGAGCUCAGGCUCAAGCCAAAGCUUCUCGCCAUUACGGGAGACAACGCCGCCAACAACGGCACGCUCUAUUAUUUGAAGACCAGACCACAUUCCAAUUUCCGGGCAAGCUGGUAG